AUGGACGCCGAAAAAUCGAGCAGUAGCUCUUUCGAGGACCUUUCGAACCUGAACGAACAAGAGCGGGCGGAACUGGCCUCCUCUGUACCUGAACCUAUUGAACCCAAAUCUGCCCAAAAGGAACAACCUGUAGUACAGACGGAAAUGAAACAGCAACCAGAGAGCAAAUCAAAUGGAACGGAGGAGCCCGAGGGUGAAGUGGCGGAUCCCAUGGAUAUCCUGGGCAAUGGUACACUGUUAAAGAAAGUGCUCAAGAAAGGGCAAUCCGAACUGAGGCCAGAAAGCAAAGACCUCGUGACCAUCAACUACACGGGGCGUCUAGAGAAUGGAACCGUGGUUGAGAAACAAAGCAACUUCGUGGUGCAAAUCGACGAUGUGGAGGUAGUGCAAGGAUUAGAUAUGGCGCUGAAGUUAAUGAACGAAGGCGAAAUCGCGGAAGUGACUGUAAAUGCACGCUUCGCGUAUGGCGAACAAGGAUUAAAAGAUCCAACGGAACACGAUCCGGUGAUACAGAGUGUCCCUUGCAACGCAACCAUAAUAUACACGGUGGAGCUGGUAUCGAUACGGGAGGAGAGUGAACUUGAAUCGCGAACGUAUGCUUCGCGCAAACAAACUGGUAACAAGAAGCGGUUACGUGGAAACUUCUGGAUGAAACGCCAGGAGUACAAUCUAGCAAUACAGAGCUACCGGCGGGCAUUAGAGUAUCUGGAUGAUACUGUCAGCGCCGGUGGUAUGAUGGAGAGCGCAGCCGAUCCUGUGCAGUUGUCUACCACGGAGCUACAGGAUUUAUUGGAAGAUCGGAUGAAGGUGUACAAUAAUCUCGCAUUAGCUCAGUUCAAAAUAUCAGCCCACGAGGCUGCCCUGAAAUCCGUCGAUCACGUGCUGAAGUGUCAACCGAACAAUGCUAAGGCUUUAUUUCGCAAGGGCAAGAUUAUGGAUGCAAAGGGAGACACAGCUGGUGCUAUCACGUUGCUUCAGAAGGCUGCUACCGUUGAUGUUGACGAUAAGCUAAUCCAGUCGGAAUUAUCCAAGCUGAUUUUAAAAUCUAAGCGCGAGGCACGAAAUGAAAGAGAUUUGUAUCAAAAAAUGUUAGGUCAGGCGCAAAAAUUAGAGCAAAAAACAAAAGUAGCGCCAUCCGCGCAGAACAAUGAGUCCUCUAAGAUCAUGAUGUGGGGCUACCUCGUGGGAACAAUCUUGAUCGGAGUGGUCGGUGUGGCCAUUUUCCGAUAUAAUAAUCAGUAAAAGGAACCAUCAUUUGGGAUUCAUCGUGCUUUUGAUGUAGUCGCAAAAAUUGACGCCUCAGAACAAAUGUGACCGUUUAGCACCGAUGGUAUAGUCGCGUCUGCAUCGUCCCCAAAGCAAUGCUAUUUAAUGUACGAAUUAUGGUGCAAAGCAGGCGUUCCUUCGAACACCCUAGGAAGGUUUUCGAUCGGAAGGCCUAUGCACCAAUGACUAUGAUUUUUAAGGAGAAACAUGUCUCCAUCCGAAUGUGCAUCUUAGCUAAAUACUGAUGGCUAUUACUAUAUUUAAUGUGGCUAUUGGCUUGAAAUUUUGUAUUUUAGUAAAAUAUUUUACGGCAGUGUGCAUUAAUCGUAAUGGAUGCACACCAGUUAAAGACCGAGAUGAUAUAAACGAUAACGAACCGAAGUUUUAACCGUCAGGCUAAAUCUACAGCGGCUCGAAGCAAAAAAAAAAAGAAAAUCCAUCCUCCUUAUCCUUAGGUAGAGAGUGAUUAUUUUGCAUCAGUAACCUUAAUCGUCAUCGACUUAGUACGCUCGAAUGUUGCCACGCACGAGAGUGCGGCAGUUGUUUCUUCCAUUUGAACACUUCCGAUGAUGUGAACGCGGAUUCAGAGGGGAAAAAACA